CGCGAGCCAUAUUAGCGUCAGACUCAGAAGAUUCUUGCUUCAACAGUGAUUGAACGGAACUUCUUCUUUCCUGCUUAAACAUUCCAGAUUUUGACUUCUAGAUUUCUAUUUUUGUACGUUUUGAUAAGAAAACGAUAAAACCAGCCGAAAUGGAGAGUCAGAUUCGUCAGAACUACCACCGCGACUGCGAGGCCGCCAUUAACAAGAUGAUCAACAUGGAGCUUUACGCGUCCUACACCUACACGUCCAUGGCCUACUACUUUACUCGCGAUGACGUCGCGCUCGAGGGGUUCGCGCAUUUCUUUAAAGAGAACAGUCACGAGGAGCGCGAGCACGCGGAGAAGCUUAUGUCCUUCCAGAACAAGAGAGGUGGCCGCAUUUUCCUCCAGGACAUCAAGAAACCUGAGCGUGAUGAGUGGGGUAGUGGACUGGAGGCCAUGCAGUGUGCUCUGCAGCUGGAGAAGACUGUAAACCAGGCUCUGCUGGACCUGCACAAACUCUCCUCUGAUAAAGGAGAUCCUCAUCUGUGUGACUUUCUGGAGUCUCAUUACCUGAACGAACAGGUGGAGGCCAUAAAGAAACUGGGUGACCAUGUCACCAACCUCACCAAGAUGGAUGCUGCCAACAACCGUAUGGCCGAGUACCUGUUUGAUAAACACACCCUGGGAGAAAAGAGUUAAAUGAACAUCACCUAUUUUGAGAUUCUGCUAAGAAUCCUGAUUUGUGUUUGUGUAGAACUGAUUGUAAACAUCAGCUUCCUGAGUUUCAUGUACCUGUUAAUAAUGGCUGAUUCUGAUGAAUAAACAUUUUGAGCCACA